CAGUUUCUCACUGUCUAUGGUUUCUCACCUUUUCAAGUCGGGCGAGGAGGAAGAGCUCAACCUCAUCAACGAUUAAAGACAAUUAGAGUGGACUCUAGGGUCUUGAAAACGAGAGAGCGAGUGUUGGCCCUCACAGCUGUUUUCAAGAGUUUCUCGCCGUGAUCUUUAUGUGAGGACCGCGACAGGAGGAGAGACGCGGGGCUGUCAGAGACAGAGAGAGAGAGGCAGGUGGAGAUCAUUGUGUCUUCUUGGAUCUGUGCUCAUCCUCGCUUUUGAGAUCUCAUUGUCUGGUCCUCUGGUCCACAACAGGGAUAUAAACUGCAUCAGGAGGCAUCUUCCACUGCUUUUUUACCUUACCACACAGGUGUCCAUCCGGCUGUAUCAUGGAGGCCAUUGCCAAGUAUGAUUUCAAAGCCACUGCAGAUGAUGAGCUGAGUUUUAAACGUGGGGAUAUAUUAAAGGUAUUAAACGAAGAGUGCGAUCAGAACUGGUAUAAAGCAGAAUUAAACGGCAAAGACGGUUUCAUUCCUAAAAACUACAUCGAGAUGAAGGCGCAUCCGUGGUUCUUCGGGAGAAUCCCCAGGGCCAGAGCGGAGGAGAUCCUAAACAAACAGAGGCACGAUGGAGCCUUUCUCAUUAGGGAGAGCGAGAGCGCACCUGGAGACUUCUCGCUGUCCGUCAAGUUUGGCAAUGAUGUACAGCACUUUAAAGUGCUGCGUGAUGGUGCUGGAAAGUACUUCCUGUGGGUCGUGAAGUUUAACUCUCUCAACGAGCUGGUGGACUAUCACCGCACCACUUCCGUUUCCCGAAAUCAACAGAUCUUUCUACGAGACAUCGAGCAGGUGCCUCAGCAUCCAACAUACGUGCAGGCCCUGUUCGACUUCGACCCUCAGGAGGACGGCGAGCUUGGCUUCAGACGCGGAGACUUCAUUCAGGUCCUGGACAACUCUGACCCCAACUGGUGGAAGGGCGCCUGUCACAGCCAGACGGGCAUGUUCCCACGCAACUACGUCACGCCUGUCAGUCGGAACAUGUAAAGGAAAAAAAACAAGUGAUUAGUCAAUAAAUUGUAAUUAACGGCCCCUCACAUUCACAUGCAAUCAGACUACCCUACAUCUCCCCGUCAACACCCGUAAAGUCCUGUGAAAUUGAAAGCGGCACAGAGGAAUAGAAAUUGUUACUGAAAACAAGGAGAGAAAAAGAAAAGAAAAAAAAACGUAGUGGAGGGGCUGGAUGUUUCUUCCUCUGCCGUGGUGCCUGGGCGAAUCUGUUAUUCCUGAGAACCGUGACGUCUUCAUGAACGCUUGCAGUCCAGACUGAGCUGUUAGGGCGAAGGAAAGGCUGAAUCCUAGCAUAGUAAAACACACACAAAUUAAAACAACUAUGAUUCUGUCUGUAGAUUCAUCCUGCUGCUUCUGGCUUCUUUUCUAGUCUGCGAAUAGAAUUUUGUUUUGUUUUUUGUUUAGGCUGCAUGUUUAAAUCUCUUUAUAAUAGUAAAUCCUGAAGCUGUUUUUAAAAAGGAAAAAAAAUAUAUAUAUAAAAAUGUAAGAGUAAAAACUUGCAAAUGCAUUGUACAUCCGGGCUGUGGAAAAAAAAAUCACUUGGAGAGAGAAUCCAUUUUUUAAGAAUAUAUAUUAUAUAU